GGCACAAUUCGUCAGCUGGGCAUACAACUUUUUAUGAUGAUUUAGUUUCAAUUGCAUCUUGCUAUGUAUCCAUUAACUAUGUCAUUUACUGGCUUUGAAUCCACACGGAACAUACAAUAUAUCUUUAGAGACGUUACAUUCCCUUGUAAAGUAAAGUGUUGUGUUGGCUGAACCCCACCUCCUCACCCCGCUCUGGCUCCAGUGCAGUGGUUCGCUCCCCCUAGCGGCGGAGCUAGCAGCCGUGGAGCGUCACAGCGCCGCUGUCCGUCCCCCAGUCACAGUGAAAGUUGUCUCCGCUUGGAAAAGCGGGGGUUUGGGGCUUGCUAGUUUCCACCGCCGCUGCUUCACACGCUUUCUCCCGGAGAGAUGAGGCGGAAAGAGAAGAGGCUGCUGCAGUUCGCCGGGCUGCUCAUAGCGGCUCUUCUUUUCCUCCCUAACGUCGGGCUGUGGUCCUUGUACAAGGACCGAGUGUUCGACAACUCGCCCGACACAGUGGACGGUCCGGGCGGCAUCCCCCGGAUACAGGUUCAGGUGAGGAAGGAUUCUCUGGUGGGACGUGACGGUGUGCGGAGGAUAGACUGGCACAACUAUGAUGCAAUCAGAAGAGAUGCCUCUCGAUCCGGUAACGGGGAACAGGGCAAAGCAUUCCCACUGACAGACGCUGAUAGGGUGGACCAGGCCUACCGGGAGAACGGCUUUAACAUUUACGUCAGCGACCGGAUCUCCCUCAACCGCUCCCUGCCUGACAUCCGCCAUCCAAACUGUAAAAAGAAGCUGUAUGCAGAUAAGCUGCCCAACACCAGCAUCAUCAUCCCGUUCCACAACGAGGGCUGGUCGUCGCUGCUGAGGACUGUCCACAGCGUGCUCAACCGCUCUCCUCCACAGCUCAUAGCAGAGGUCAUCCUGGUGGAUGACUUCAGCGACAAAGAGCACCUAAAAGUGGCACUGGAGGAGUACAUGAUGCGGUUGCCGAAGGUUCGCAUCCUGAGGACCAAGAAGAGGGAGGGGCUGAUCAGGACUCGCCUGCUCGGAGCCGGCGCUGCUAAAGGGGAAGUCAUCACCUUCCUGGACUCCCAUUGUGAGUCCAACGUCAACUGGCUGCCUCCGCUGCUGGACCGAAUCGCCCAGAACAGGAAGACCAUUGUGUGUCCGAUGAUCGAUGUGAUUGACCACGACAACUUCGGCUAUGAGACGCAGGCGGGGGACGCCAUGCGAGGGGCGUUCGACUGGGAAAUGUACUACAAACGGAUACCCAUCCCUACAGAGCUGCAGAAGGAUGACUCCAGUGAACCUUUUGAGUCCCCGGUGAUGGCAGGUGGACUGUUUGCUGUGGACAGGAAGUGGUUCUGGGAGCUGGGAGGUUAUGACACAGGUCUGGAGAUCUGGGGAGGAGAACAGUACGAGAUCUCCUUCAAGGUGUGGAUGUGUGGUGGUCGGAUGGAGGACAUCCCUUGCUCCAGGGUAGGACACAUCUACAGGAAGUACGUCCCAUACAAAGUUCCUGGUGGCGUCAGCCUGGCCAGGAACCUGAAGCGCGUGGCAGAGGUGUGGAUGGACGAGUACGCCGAAUACAUCUACCAGCGCCGCCCCGAGUACCGCCACCUGUCUGCAGGUGACAUGACGGCCCAGAAGGAGCUGAGGAACCGCCUCAACUGCAUGAACUUCAAGUGGUUCAUGAGCAAGGUGGCCUGGGAUCUGCCCAAACACUACCCACCUGUGGAGCCUCCUGCUGCUGCGUGGGGAGAGAUUCGGAAUGUGGGAAGCAGCAUGUGUAUGGAGAGCAAACACUUUGUUUCAGGGAGUCCUAUCCGCCUGGAGAGCUGUGUGAAGGGCCGGGGCGAGGUCAGCUGGAGCCACGGACAGGUGUUCACAUUCGGCUGGAGAGAGGACAUUCGGGUGGGUGACCCCAUGCACACUAAAAAAGUCUGUUUCGACGCCGUCUCCCACAACAGCCCCGUCACCCUGUAUGACUGUCACGGCAUGAAGGGCAACCAGCUCUGGCGCUACAGAAAGGACAAGAGUCUUUAUCACUCCGUCAGUAACAGCUGUAUCGACUGCAGCCCAAACGAGCGGCGAGUCUUCAUGAACACGUGCGACCCCUCCUCCCCCAGCCAGCAGUGGCUGUUUGAGAAAACCAACGCCACCGUGCUGGAACACUUCAACCGGGGUUCCAACUGAGGCCCCGCAGCAUCCACAAAAAACAGACUCCUGACGCACGCAGACACCGAUCUGCUGCUGCUGCUGCUGCUGCUGAUGCUGAUGCUGUGAAAUGGGGUUUUACACUCUCUCUGGUUCCCCGUUUACCUGGCGCUGAGGUGACAGCUGUUUCUCUUUGGGGUGCUCAGACUGAGGCAGGAUCGGAUGCCGUUGGGGAAGUUGGUUAAACACUUCAGCUCGAGGAAAGACUGAGUUGAGCUUUGAUGGAUGGGUGUGUGUUUAAAAGUGAUUUUGUGUGUGAGAUGUAUUUGUUCUGUCGGUGAGGCGGUGGGUCUGUCUCGCUCCCUGAUUUUGCUGUUGAUUGGUUAUCUGACAUUCCUCUCUUCUCUAUUUUCACUCCUUUUGUCUAUUUCAAAUUUUCUUUGCCUUUAUCUAUUGCCUUUCUUUCCCUCACUGCUUUUUUUCUCUAUUUCCUCUCUCUGUCUGUCUACCUUUAUCCUCUGUCUCCAUCUCUUUCCCCCUUCUGUCUCUCCUGGUCCGCCUCUGCCUGCACGUCUGUCUCUAUCUGCCUGCAUGACUGCACCUUUGCCCACCUUCUUCAUUCUCCGUCUCAAAUCCCCUUAUGUCUCUCCAACUCUGACAACCUCCCUGGGGGGAGGGGGCUCCUGCUGAGCCAAAGUCAUCCUGACACCUGGGUGAAGCCAGGCAGAACCACUCUGAAAAUCACCUGGUGAAUUGAUUCUCCUUUACAACCCUCAUCCACCCUCUUGUUUCCUGUAUCUCCUGCCCCCCCUCCCUCUCCCACUGGGCUUGUAGUUUCUCCUGGUCUGCUCUCCUCUGUGGGGCCUAUGUGAGCAGAGCUUCUCUGAAUGUAUCAGGUGGAAGUUCACAAAAAAAGUGGAUCAGAAAGAGACGGUGAUCUUUCUAACGCCCCUAGCUCCCUUUUUUUCGUCUGUUCUAUACUUUCCAUGCUGUAUUUAUCAAUGAGUCGUCCGCAGGUUUGUCACUGUGCCACAUUCUUCUAUUCCUCAGAGGCGAGUGCUAUCUAGCGCGAGGGUUUGUGCGGGCCAACUCUUGCUGGCUAAGGGCUUGUUUGUUGUGAUGGUGGUGGUGGCUGUCACACCUCUUAGAGUCUCCCCCUGCUUUCUGUGCGCCCUUUGCUGCUCCCCACCCGACUCCACCGAUCAGUCGCCGGAACGACCCUGUCACACACGGGCGAGUGCGGGGUCACAUCAGAGCCGAACGGCGGGCAGGACUGCAAACGGACGCCUGCCUGGCUGGAUGACUAGCUAUGUGACUGGCAGGCCAGAUGAUUCACAGCAGGGCCGCCCGAUUGGCCGGCUGCCCAGCUGACACAUCACUUUAGCGUACAGUGUGAGCAGGAGGAGAGACGAAUGGGGGAAUGACUCUGGAUAGGCUCGCCGGGUAGCUCUGGGAUUGAGAUGAAUGUGGGUUAUAAAUGCAUAAAGCACUUGUGUAAUGAUAAACUUGAAUGAAAUCUUAGUGCCUUGUUGGAAGAGGACUAGAUGUAGGUGUGUGUAUUUUCAGAAAGUGUAUGUGUGUGGGGCCCAGAGUGUCCACAUCAGCGUAGGGGGAAAUUCAUUCCAUCAGGAGAAUCUUUUGAAUUCUCCUGAUUUGGAAUUGAAUCGGCCUCGACUCUGGUGAAGGACCUUAAGACUCCACUGGCUUUCUGUCUCUUGUAUGGCUUUCUAAAUGAACACACAUGUAACUGCUGGCUGUGAAUAGAGCUAAAGAGACCUUUUUUCCAUCAUAUUUUCCUCCUGCCUUGAAAAGUAAACUAUUAGCCCUAAGAAGACCUUUCUUCUGUUUGAAUCACGACAUGAUGCUGUUGUCUUGUUUUUCCCACCUGUUCAAUCCAAAGUACUUUUAUGGGAAAGGGAAUUGUUGUUGUUUACCACCUUUAUUUUAAAAUUCCUUCUGUUUUUAAUGAAAUGUUCUUUUAUCGUUUGUUUAGUGUUCUUGGUCUGUUGGCUGCAGCAAUACUCUAAUCUGAUUUUGUGAAUAUUUUGAGUCAUCACUUCUAGAUAUUGUGCUCAGUGAGAUUUUAACAUUAAUUUUGUGGACUGAAACAAAAAGUAAUAUCCUUAUACAUUAGCCCUGUUGGUUAAUGAAUGAGUAGAACAAGUUCUCCAAACAGACACUUCAAGUAAACAUUCAAAUCCAUACCGCUGAGCUCCAGGAUAUAAGUGAGCACUGAAAAUGAAAAAUGCUAAGUGAUAUUAACUUAUUCAUUCAUCUUUCCAAUUUGAUAUAUUUAAAAUAGAAAUAUAUAACACUGCUGGAUCACCCAGAGGAGGCAUCCUCUAUUAAAACACGAUGCAGUACACACUGGUUCAACAGGUUUAUAUUGCAAAUGGUACUUCAACAAACUACAGCACUGAAGAUGUUGAGCAGUCUAUGUUUGAAUUAAAAGGUUUAUCAGGACUGAUCUCAGUAACAGGCUCUCUUUUUCGUGGAUUUUGAAAUGUGUAAGGGAUGCCAUGACUUUACAGUUUGCAAACAUUAUAAUAGUCAAACCAGUUUCCACCAAGUGUCUGUUUUAUUUUUCAUCUACUGCAUCUGCAGAGGAGACAUCAGAAGUUUUAAAUGAAAGCCAAAGUCACAAUGAGUAUAAAAAACUAACUUCCCAUGUUUCAUGGACUGAUUUUACAUAAAAAUCCAUUCGUUGCCAUUUUAUUCAGCCUGUU